CUGGCAGAAUUUUCUUAUGAUGUUCCAGUGGUUUCAAUCACGAAUUCAUUGGCGAGUUUUCGUUUAUGUUGUGAUCGUGAUGACAUUGACAGUUAUCGCGCAUGUGCAGGUGGAAACUGAUGGACCAAUCAUCAGUGAACCGCAAAAGAGCGGCGAAUACAAAUCCGAUGAAGAAUUAUUCAAGAAACUAUUCGCCCAACGGCGUAAGGAUCAUAUAGAAGUUAUACAAACUCUCCUAAAGAUGGACAAUUACGAGCGCUUGUACAAAAUGAUCACGGUACUGGCUGAAAAAAUAAUGGAGGUCAUCGCAUCCAGUAAAAAUGUCAUCGAGAAGGCCGGUUUCAUACCGGACAAUAGCUCUUUUCCAAAAGAUACCAAUGUAAAAGACGCAUUGUCUAGCAUCCUAGAGAACACCGCGCUCUUCGGGGACAUUAUUCUGCAUCUACCGGACAUAACUCACAGGAUACUAAAGACGCAGCAAGGAUGGAACUCCACGAUACAUUGGUCCUUGAACUUCACCAAUCAGAUGCGCCACUUGCUGAACAAAUCGACCAUGACGAUGAUCCACCUAGUCAAGCAGGAGCUGAAUAUCACGGAACGGGAUCCGAGCUAUUUUAAUCCGUAUAGGAGCGCUACCCAUGCUGGAUACCAUCGUGAGGAUAUCGUGAAGAAGUCUGUGAAAAAAGAAAAACGUAAAAAAGGACCGCAGAUUGCUAAAAUCGAGUUGUGAUGAGCCGUCCUCGCUGCGAGAGGAUUCUUCUGACCGGUUCCUAAAUCCCUUCGUUAAGAGUCCUACGAUAUUAUUAAAAUCCUAGGAAAAAUGGAUUCUA